CGCGCAGGCCGUAGCUGCGUCGUGGACUGAUGUCGUGGCUCAGUAGCGCGGGGAAUUUCGAGUGGCCGUGGAGCGCGGGAGACCAGUGGGAGGCGGACCCCCAGCUUCCCCAGAAGCGACCAUGGACUCCCUGGCCGAGCCCCAGUGGCCUCCAGGCCUAGCAGUCAUGAAGACGAUAGAUGAUUUGCUGCGGUGUGGAAUUUGCUUUGAAUAUUUCAACAUUGCAAUGAUGAUUCCUCAGUGUUCUCAUAACUACUGUUCUCUCUGUAUAAGAAAAUUUCUGUCCUAUAAAACUCAAUGUCCAACUUGUUGUGUGGCAGUCACAGAGCCGGACCUGAAAAAUAACCGUGUAUUAGAUGAACUGGUAAAGAGUGUGAAUUUUGCACGGAAUCAUCUGUUGCAGUUUGCCUUAGAGUCACCACCCACCUCUCCUGUUUCCACCUCUUCAAAGAAUCUUGCUGUUAAAGUGCAUAUUCCUGUAGGUUCCAGACAUUCUCUAAAGCCAGGGAGCAAGUUAAUGGACAAUUUCUUGAUCCGAGAAUUUGGUAGUUCUACGUCAGAGUUGAUAAAAGAAAAUGAAAGUAAAUUCAGCCGUCAAAAAGAGGCCAACACUCCUGCAGAAAACAAAAAGACAACUCCUGGAGAAAAGACAGCUCCCGAGACACCCUCUACAUCUACUUCGAAACAAGUUACUAAAGUGGAUUGUCCUGUUUGUGGGGUUAGUAUUUCAGAAAAUCACAUUAAUAAGCACUUAGACAGCUGUUUAUCACGUGAAGAGAAGAAAGAAAGCCUCAGAAGUUCUGUUUGCAAAAGAAAGCCACUGGCCAAAACUGUAUAUAACUUGCUCUCUGAUCGCGAUUUAAAGAAAAAGUUAAAACAGCAUGGAUUAUCUACUCAAGGAAAUAAACAACAGCUCAUUAAAAGGCACCAGGAAUUUGUACACAUGUACAAUGCCCAGUGUGAUGCUCUGCACCCUAAAUCAGCUGCUGAAAUUGCUAAAGAAAUUGAAAAUAUGGAGAAGACUAGGAUGCGUCUCGAAGCUAGUAAACUCAAUGAAAAUAUCAUGGUUUUUACAAAGGACCAAACAGAAAAGGAAAUAGAUGAAAUCCAUAGUACAUACCGUAAAAAACAUCAGAAUGAAUUUCAGCUUCUGGUCGAUCAGGCCAGAAAAGGAUACAAGAAAACUGUUGAAAUGUCCAAAAAAACAGUAACAAAAAGAGAAGAUGAAUCUACAGAAAAACUGUUACCUGUGUGCAUGAGACAGGGAGAUAAUAAAGCGAAGUUCCUAGAUAUGACAUCGGUAACAAACCAUUUUCCUCAGUCGGCGCUGGACUGCCCAGGGAAGUUGGGGCCUGAUAUAUCAGAUGAUUCUUCUAGUUGUGCCGAUAUUCAAGAAGCAGCUCCUUCUCCACCAGAAUCCGACUCAUGCAAUAGUUCUAGUUCAGACAUCAUAAGAGAUCUCCUAGAAGAAGAGGAAGCCUGGGAAGCAUCACAUAGAAGCCAUCUUCCAGAUACGGAAAUAAGUCCAAGAGAGACCUGUCGCAAAAGAGCCGCUGAAAAUGCAGAGAUUGAACCAAGAAAUAAGCAUAAUAGGAAUUAGUGUGGGCUUUUGCUGACUUCCAAUGCAGUGAUUGAAAUAUGGUACUUUUUGUUGCCAUAUAGAUUUCAUGUUUUAAAAUACCUAAAAGAAGAUGUUAAAUUCUAAAUAUUAUGGUUAACUGACUUUCAUUCUUUCCUUGUUGCCUUUCCAGAAAUUUUUUUUUUCUUUAACAAAACGCCUUCUCUUGGUCAGUUACCUCCUACCUCUAAAAUAUCUCCCCCUGAAAAUAUUCACGUCCACAUGUUCACCCACUUUGCAAAUUUGAUGGCCUCUUUGGUAAAGGGGUUUUGUUUUGUUUGUUUUCAAAUUUAAGAAUGUCUUUAAGAAUGUUUUUCUCUUCCGUGGAGAAACCAACUUCAAAACAGGAUUGUUUUCAACCUCUCUACCACAAGGAGCAGCGGAGGAUUUAAACAUUUCUUUAUUUUUGGAAAGGUUGAAUGUCAUAAUGCAAACCCUUGGUGUGUGUAAGCACCCAGUUAAUGAUUGUUGUUGCCCAAGUUUAAUGUAGUAGCUGGUCAGACAUGUGCUUACACAUUACUUGGGUAGGUUGUCAACAUUGUAAUUUAAAGAAGUCAUAAACAGCAACUUUGAAACAUUGAGCAUAUUCUUCUGAAAUAGUACUUAGAAAUUAUUACUAUUAGGUUUUUUUGCCACUUGGAUGGAUAGAAUGUUUUAUUACUUUGCACCCUAGCUAUUAAACAAAAAGUAUGCAAUAAAUGGAUUUUUUAAGUGAA